AUGUCAAAUACAUGUACAGCAUGUGGUGAUACAGGAGUUAAAUACAAAUGCACAACUUGUGAUAAUGUAUCAUUAUGUAUAUUAUGUUAUAACGAUCCUUCAAAACAUUCAUUUCAACAUAUUAUGGACCCAGUAGAUAUAGUUGGUAAUGGUCAUAGUAAUAUUUAUUACUUUGACGAUGAUGAUAAUGUAGAAGAUGUAGAUGAAGAAGAUGAUGAUCCAGAAGAGGAAGAAGAGGAUGGAGAACAAUUUGAUCGUCAUUAUAGACAAGAUUAUGAUGAGGAUCAAGAUGACGAUGAUAGUUGCGAUGUAGAUGAUGAUGAUGAAGAUGAAGAGUUGGGAUCAAAGGAAUUAGAGGAAAUAGAUGCAACCUUUUCAAAAUUAUUUUCAAGUGUCAUUAAACAACAACAGCAACAGCAACAACAACAACAACUUUCAAAUCAAACCACCUAUAAAUGUCCAUAUUGUAGUACAUCUCAUUCAGAAGCUGCACUACCAGAUCAUGUUUUAACAGCUCAUAAAUAUGAAUCUAGAUCUGCUGUUUGUCCUAUAUGUGCAUCGCGACCUGAUGGUGAUCCAAAUUAUAUUUCUCGUAAUCUUGUUGGUCAUAUGAGUUUAAGACAUAAAAAUCAAUUAAAGAAUAAUAAUAGUACAAUGAUUCAAGAUGAAUUAAGUUCAAGAAAUGAUUUUUUGGCAUCAUUGUUUGGUGUAAAUUCAGAUUCAUUGUCUUUAAUUAUGAAACAAAAGGACCAAACCACCACUGGUGGCACUAAAUCACCAUCAAAACAAGAUACGACAAAUACUUCUACCUCGUCAUCGUCUGCAAAAACAACCGAAGAUUUAUUAUUAAAGUUGGCAUUGGCCAACAAACAACAAAUCGAUUCUUCACAGUGUACCAUACAACCAUCAUCUUUAACCUCACCACUUUCACAAAUACUCGAGCAACAUUCCUCGAAAUCUAUGAAUAUUUCUGGUAGCGCGGGAGAGAUUAGCGGUUUAACCAAUUCCAUUUUUACUCCGUCUAGCCUUUCAUCAUUAUUGGCGGCGGCAGGAAAUAGAGCGGGAGCAGGAGAAUUAUCCUCUUCCUUGCAAGGAUCCAAAUCUCAUCAUAUUCUUUUAAAUAAUCCAAAUCUCGGCGUACUUAAUCAUCAUAAUAAUAAUAAUCAUAUUGGUGGAAAAGGUGAAAAUGCCUCCACCUCUGCUACUAUUGACCAACAAAAACAACAGAAUUCAAAUCAACAACCCAACACUCCUAUUAAAAUUCAAAAGAUUCAAUUACAACAAUUAAAUCAACCAAUACCAAUGACAGUUGAAGAAUUACAAAAUCAACAAAAGGAUAAUAUUUUAAAAAGUAUAUUUGUUCAAGAUUUAAUUUAUUCUACUAUUUUUGAUUAA